CGGAUGGAACUGGCCACUUAAGUGAGUUUGGUGAUUGUCUCUAAACAAUAUUGUUUGUUGUCUUUCCGCAGUUCAACGUUCGGCGCAAGAAAGAGCGGUGCGCGUUCGAGAUAUAAAAUUCGCGCCAAAUUCGAAAAAAAAAAACUUUUCUUGUGGCCAGUGACAUUAAAAAUAAGAUUUUUUUUUCUGAAAAAAUCGUAAUUUUAGACAGUAAAGUGAGUGUUUAUAGUAAAAGACAGUAAGAAUAUAGAGUAACAAAAGUGGCAAUGCUGGCAAGGAGGGGACAGUUACUCAGUAUACAUUAACGACUGGGAAAAAUAAAACUAAACAAUAUGAAGAAAGAACAGGAAAUCCCACCGAUACGAACCGUGCAGGAUGCAUACAGCUCCAAGAUUGAACUGGCGUACAAUGGAUCCAGAGAAGACUUGGACCCAUAUGUCCCUGCAGAGCAUAGACCUCUCGAAUCCAAUACUUCAAGCUUCGGUGCCUUGGCUCAUCUGCUAAAGGCGUCCCUUGGAUCUGGCGUGCUGGCCAUGCCUCUCGCCUUUAAGAACGCUGGUCUUGUAGUUGGCGUUAUUGGCACACUUGUUAUUGGCUUUAUCUGUGGACAUGUCAUACACGUCCUGGUUAAAACGUCGCAGCAGUUAUGCGUUGAAGUUAAGAAGCCAUCGCUCGGAUACGCCGACACUUGCGACCUGGUGUUUCAGAAUGGACCUAAACCCGUCAGAAAGUUCGCGCCUUUCGCGAGGGAACUUGCGGAUUGGGCCCUAGCAGUUACUCAUCUAGGGGCGUGCUGUGUUUACACCGUAGUCGUUGCCGAGUCCUUCAAACAGGUGUCAGAUGUGUACGGAGGCCCGAACUGGUCCGUGACAGUCUACUGCGGAUUAACUCUGAUUGUGCUUAUACCGUUAACUCAAAUCAGCACGUUAAAAUACUUAGUGCCUUUCUCCGCUUUGGCGAACUUCGUUUGGUUGGGCUCUAUUUGCAUAUCAAUUUAUUAUUGCCUAAGGGACCCGCCGAAGAUCACCGACAGAAAUUUAGCCACCUCAAUUACAGGAAUACCAAACUUUAUUAGUACGAGCCUGUUCGCAAUGGAGGGUAUCGGCGUAGUAAUGCCGGUGGAAAAUGAAAUGUCGAAGCCGCAUCACUUCCUGGGCUGUCCUGGCGUGCUGAACAUCGCCAUGUCGGCAGUGGCAGUACUAUACGGCUUCGUCGGGUUCGCAGGCUACCUCAACUUCGGCGAGGAAGUAAGAGGCAGUCUCACGUUGAAUCUGCCUCAGGAUGAAAUAUUGGCACAAACCGCUAAAAUCCUGGUAGCCUGUGUUAUGUUGUUAUCAUUCGCACUGGUUUACUACGUACCAGUGGAUGUUGUAUGGCGACGAGUACAAGACAGAAUACCAGCUCGAGGACAUCGUUGGGGCAUGGCUGCAGUUAGAUUCACCGGGACUAUUCUCAUUGUUGGUGUUGCCAGUGCAAUUCCAAAGCUGGAGCUCUUUAUGGAGUUAGUAGGUGCGGUCUGCUUGUCUGUGAUGGGCCUGCUGCUCCCCGCUAUCUGGGUACAGAUCAGUUAUCUGCUGUUUUCAAUCAUCGCUUAA